AUCAUUUUCAACCCACUUUAAGAAUUGCGAUCCCGCACCUUGCGAGAAGUGACGCGGUGACGAGCGCUCCUGACCCAGCAAUUUCUCUUUUGUUCUAUCGUACAAAACCGGAAUUGUACUCAGCAGCAUGUCAAUUUGGGAUGCACUCACCGGACGAAAGUCCUCUCAGCAAUCAUCGUCUUCUACGCCAAGUUCCACCUCGUCGUCCGCGCCAACCGAUACCUUCACCCCAACUGCCUUUAACCCACAAGAUGCGCAAGGUGUAGAUUCUUUCUUGAAAAGUUCCGCCUUUGCCGACCCAUCUUUAUUACAUCCUCUAGCAGGUUUGGACAAGGAUGGUCUCGAGUACUUGGUUUUAGAAGAUUCCGCCAUAUCAGAUCUCCCCGGCGCACAAUCGGCAAUCCCCUCUCGAGGCUUUAGCGACGACUUAUGUUAUGGAACCGGCAUUACAUAUCUGACAGCAUUGUCAUUGGGAGGUGCAUGGGGACUUCAAGAAGGCCUGAGGAGAUCGGCUGGUCAACCGCCGAAAUUACGUCUGAACUCCGUCCUUAACGCCGUAACACGAAGAGGUCCAUUCUUAGGCAAUUCUGCUGGUGUCGUCGCCAUUACCUAUAACUGUUUCAACUCAGGCAUCGGCUAUAUCAGAGGGAAGCAUGACUCUGCGAACACUAUUGCGGCGGGUGGUCUAAGUGGAAUGUUGUUCAAAAGUACACGAGGACUCCGACCGAUGUUGAUAUCAGGAGGUAUUGUGGCUUCGAUAGCAGGAGUAUGGGCGGUUACUCGAAAAGUUGUGCUUUCCCCGGAGGAUAAGGGGCAUGAGCUACACCUUUAAACUAGCAACAUCCAUCCAUUAAAAUGCUAGAAAAAUAAUUUCCCACCCGAAUAGGGAGUCGGGGGACCGGGAAAUCGGGUACGAUUAUGUAUGAUACCACACUCGAGAAUGAGGCCAUGUGCCCUACGAUACUUCGAUAUAAUUGGGUGAACAAAGUCGCCGAGUUAGGUGCGAAACGAUAGAUGAUCUCUCCUCCGGCUGGACAAAGUGUAUAAAAUAGGCGGUCAAGUGCAUAGAAAGCAUCUACGGUAGUGGAUUGGUAGGCGUUCAAGUCAACUACGGGACGGA